UUUGGUUAUACCGCCUGAUGCCAAUUCAUAUGCAUUACAAAUACAACUUAAUCAUCCGUAUAACACUCCUGUCAAGCAAAUUUGUAUACAUUUUUAAAAAGUUUCGUGGGCUUGAAAAUGAUAAUAGACAGAGCACAAUAGAAAAAUUCAUCAAGUGAAAGCUGUUUUCGUAAGGCUCAAGAAAGUCGGUGCAAAGAUAUUCUUUGUGCGAUGGUUAAAAUAUUAAUUUACUAGUUUCUCCUCCUGCAGUCCAGAAUGGAUGUGAAAACUUUGGAUCAGACGACGAUUUUGCAAACGUCUACUGACAAUACUACGGGCGAGGCUCCCUCCGACUACGACCACGAGGGAGCCAUGAAAUUCAUCAUCAGUACCAUUCUAGUGUAUUCUCUUCUUGGAAUUGUUUCCAUGUUGGUCAGUCGUCUGCGGAAAAAAUCCAACAGUUACCAUCGUCAGUUGGACGAUGACGUAACACAUUUCAUAAAAACAGAUAAAACGCUUAGGGAGUCUUUCCAUAGACAAACGCUACUAUAUCGUCGAAAUACCUUUGUCAAAAUGAUGAAAACCGCAGAUGAAAUGGAAAAAGCCGAGGAGGAGAUGUCUACGGAUGAUGGCGGAGAAAAAGACGAGACAGCGGAUGACAAUGGACCCAAAGUCACAUUCCAUCUUGAAAACGAGGUCCAGGAAAAGUCGGAAACUCUAAAGUUAGUGGAGUUCCCUUUAAAGGCAUUCGCCGAUUCAUCUUGCCAAACAGACGACACAUCUCCAUAAAUUAUGUGUUCCUUUGCAAACCUCCGAUUUCAAUGCACGGAAUCGGAAGUCCAAGAGUAUGAUGCUUAUGGUGCUAUGUUGUUUGUUGUAACCACGGUGUUAGUGUAUGCUGGUGCUGUGAUCGCCUUUAUUGCGGGACAUAUAAAGAAGACUAGAUUCAACAGUGAAGAAGAUGUUCAAAUUUACAACUAUCUACACAAAUCUCGGCCCAAAAUUCAGCGAAAGAUUCGAAAUAGCGAAGUAAUACAGAUGCGCAUGCAACUUCUGCGGGCCUUCCAAGAGAAUUCCGGAUGUGGAAACAGACGUGAAAGAAACAGAGAUCCCAUUCAUUCGCAUGACAUAGAGGAUCGUGCUUGAGAAGAGUUCCACUUGCGUAAUCGAAUACGAAAUGCCUCUGAAUAACAUUUUAUUACAUUCUAUGUUGAUUAAAGGGAAUUCAACAUGUAAAAGGAAGGUGACUUGUUGAAUAUGCUUUAAUAAUCUUCAUGUGUCAUGUAUUCGAUAUUUGCUUUACCAAAAUAAUUCUUCAUUUUGUGUUGCAUUUUCAAACCAGCUCAUUGAAUUUCCUUGUAAUGACCUUUAAAUUGACCGAUGAUGUGUAUGUUAUUAUUUAGUCUUUGCAAUAAAGACUUUUAAAAUUCACUGGUAAA